AUGCCAGGGGCAGCACGGACAUAUCCGCGGUCACAGGAUUGCCCGUACAGAUCUCUAAUGCGUAUUCCUUUUUUUUAUAUCAUACGAUCUCCGUUUAUAUAUUUAAAGGGUUUACCAAUUACGAAUGAUAACUCAUUUGCGCGUCCAUCACCCGUAACUGGAUCAUCGAACAACGAUGGUGAUAAACCUCUCAUUGAUAAACGCUCUAUUCAAGAUUUGAUCAAAGAAGUUGAUCCACAAUCACUAUUGCAAAUCGACGAUGAAGUAGAAGAGAUGUUGAUUCAAAUUGCGGAAGAAUUCGUUGAAACGACGAUAUUGUCAUCGUGUCAAAACGCCAAACAUAGAAAAUCGAAUAUUGUGGAAGCAAAAGAUGUUCAGUUGUAUCUAGAACGUACACAUAAUAUGUGGAUACCCGGAUUUGGAAUAGAAGAUUCAAAAUCCUAUAAGAAAUUUUUGACAAAUGAUGCAUUGAAAGCGUCUUUGAAAUCAGUUUAUUUAUCGAACACAAAUAGUACAAAUUCUUCAACGAAAACAAGCAAAGAUACCCAACAAGGCUCAUCAAAUAAGAAACGAACUAUUACUACUUCAGACACUGUGGGCUAA